AGCGGUGUUCUAGUCAAAACGAAAAUCCGACACGAAGACGGAUCUAUCCUCCUGACCCUAUCCCAUCGCCUUCUCCUCCCCUGCUUCUCUCCCCAUCCACUUCCCGCCUCUGUCCGCCGGCGCCAGAAACUGUGGACCCUGGCUACGCUGGCCUGGCGCUCGUCUACGCUUUCGAGCUGGCCAACCUCAUGAAGUGGUCCGCGCGCAUGGGCGCAGAGGUCGAGCAGAAGAUGAACGCGGUGGAUCGGACGCUCGACUACACCAUGAACAUCGAUCAAGAGUCCCCCUGGGAGCUGCCCGGAGACAACGCUUUGGAUCCCGAGUGGCCCACCGCCGGGACCUUGAAGUUUGAGAACGUGACUAUGAGGUACCGGGAAGGCCUCGAGCCUGCUCUGCAGGGGGUGAAUUUCGAGCUCCAGGGCGGCGAGAAGAUCGGGGUGUGUGGCCGCACCGGCUCGGGGAAGUCCAGCCUGAUCGUGUGCGUCCUCCGGAUCACGGAGUUCACGGGGCGCGUCCUCAUCGACAGCGUCGACAUCAAGGACCUCGGGCUGCACAGGCUGCGGCACGCCAUCUCCAUGAUCCCCCAGGACCCGGUGCUGUUCUGCGCCACCCUGCGCAGCAACCUCGACCCGCUCGGGCUGGCCGAGUCGGACGAUAGGUUGCUGUCCACCCUCGAGUUGGUCCACCUCAGGGCCGAGGUCGAGGCGCUGGGCGGCCUGGACCACCGCAUCGCGGAGGGCGGCACCAACCUCUCGGUGGGCCAGCGCCAACUGGUCUGCCUCGCGAGGUCCGUGCUGCGGCGCUCGCGCCUGGUGCUGCUCGACGAGGCCACCGCCAGCAUUGACCAGGAGACGGACCAGAUUAUCCAGACGACUAUCCGGGCGGAGUUCAGGGGCAGCACCUUUUCUCUCCUCCACGGUGUUCACCAUCGCACACCGCAUCAACACCAUCCUCGACAGCGACCGCGUGUUGGUCAUGAAGGACGGCCACGUCGGCGAGCUUGGGACCCCUCAGGAGCUUGCCAGAGACCGGGACUCCCACUUCCGCGGCCUCCUCGUAAGCUCCAACCAGUUCGAUUUCUUGGAGAAGGCAGAAGCAUCGUCCUGACAGAGCCCACGGAUGAGCUCAAGGGUAGACAGGUACGCGUUGUAAGGUGCAAUAAUCUUGAUGCGUUUUGCGUAUUCGCUAAGCUUGCUUGGACAGCUCCAGCCACCAAGCCUAGCUCAUGUUGCAGAAGUUCUGCUCGAUUGCAGCGUUAGCCCCCCAAAGAGGGUCAAAGGCAAGCUCUUGACGUUGCAAAUUAACGCUUUCAAUAUUUUAGACUCCGUCGAGCGUCGACCAAGAAAUUGUCACAUUGAACGCCAUCGACGACCGCACAAAAUGAAGCAGAUGCUCCGCCCACAUACAAUCAAAGACAAUAAGCGAGUACCAAAGUCAGUCAAAGGCUGUCAUAAACCAGCGCCAGCAUCAUGCACCAGUAUAGGUAUGCAGUGAAGGACGCGACCUCGUUGUUAUAGAGCUCGUGUGGUUUAUAACGUGUUCUGUCGUUGCUUCAUUCGGGAGUGGACGCGUACGUGAGUGGAGGGAAGCAGAUGAGACAUAAAAUUACAGAACACCGCGCCAUGCCAAAAUGGAGUAGAGAUCUAGGUUGAGGCAUAAAUCGCCUUCAGCAUCUGGGCUGCAGUUCCGUCUAGGAUUCCCUGGUGAAGUUCAAACCAGCAGACCUUGGACCUUGGAGCAUCUUGGGCGCCGCCUCCGAGUCUAAAAUCUAUUAGUUUCUGCGCAGCGAGAAGUCUUUGCUUGUUGUUUUUUGGUGAGCUUCCCGAAGGGGAUCUCACCAAUUCGGAGAACUCGUCUUGCGCGGAGGGGCAUGCCAAGUGUCUGCCGCAUCCGUGCCGCUGGUCAGCCUCCCGAGCGGCGCCCGUUGCCCGGUGCCCGUGCAGGUGCUCGGCCAGCAGGCUGCCUCCCUGCGCACUCGGCGGCCGCAUCCGUGCCGGCGUGACGUCUUCGUGUUCCUCCCCUGCUCCAGAUCCCUGCUCCACGCCGCCUUGUCUCGUUCGAUUUGGGGGCGGGGGGAGGCGGGGGGGCGGGACGAAGUGCUGAAAGCCGUCGGGCCGGCGGGGACCGCGCGCGAGUGUUCGCCGAUGGGCCGGCAAAGCGGUCCAGCGAGCGUCGGCCGCCUCCGAGGAUCGCUCUUCUCUCCGUGCUGCCUUUAGGGCCAUCCCAAGCCGAGCCAGGCCACGCGCACCCCUCCGACCCCGUCCCUGCCCAACCUGGCGGGACGGCGUGGCUCCAGACGGCUUACGCAGGCCGAGACCCAGGCCCCCCGUCUGGGGCCGCCCGCUCUUCUGAGCCUGGAUAUCUGGCUCGGGCCCCAUCGCCGCGGGCUGAUGGACGCGUGUUUUUUUUGUUCUCUCAGAGGAGGUGCAUCACGUAAUAUUUCAUUCCUACCCGAACGACGCUUUGGUAUAUUUUGCAGUGCGCUUCGACGAUGCCAAGGUAGUGUUUUCAUCGCUCCCGCUCCGCUUGUUCUGGCAAGUGGCUUGCAUGUUCUUUCAGCAGCACCGCUGAUCGAGUUCUCGGUCAGUGCAGGUCUCUGUUUCACGUUGCUCGCGGUUGUUCGCACCUUGCCAUGACGUAGCAAAGGAAUGCUAGCAAGCGUGGCGGAGAUCAGCUGAGCUUUCGUUUCGAGAUUGCGGGGUGUUGUCUGACCUGCGAGACUACAGUGCAUGACGCUGAAAAUGCCAGGCAAGCGUUCCUUCUCGUGCUGCGCCUUGCGUUCCUCCAAGACGAA